CCCCCUCCCCCCCCCCAAAAAAAAAAAAAAAAAGAAGUAAUAUGCAAUUAUGCAUCCCUACCUUCUCCCAAACAUUUCUUCAUCCCUCCUCCUCAUAAUCUUGACCAUAUUCUUAUUCCAUGUUCCAAACUCUCUGAGCGUUGAUGAUGAGCUGUACCUCGACUGCAGCCAAUCGUUUGAAUGCUCCAAUGUUGAGAGCAUCGGUUACCCUUUCUGGGGAUCAAACCGGCCUGAAUACUGUGGCUUCCCGGACUUCAAGUUGAACUGCAGCGGCGAUGCCCCAUCCAUCUCAAUCCAGGAACAAGAAUUUCGAGUCCUUUCUAUCAAUCAGAGUGAAAGCAGUCUCACAGUCGCUAGAGUCGAUUACUGGAACAACGUUUGUCCGGGGUCCCUUACCAAUACCACCACCAUAGAAAAUUCAUCAUCCCGUGUUCUUCAAUAUGCUUCAGAUGUUCAACAACUCUUGCUCUUCUACGCAUGUCCCCCACUAAACAUUAGUCUCCCGUCUCAGCUUACCGGCCAAUUCGACUGCACCAUAAACUCUACUACUGAUUCCAUUAACUAUUAUGUGACGGAAGAUCUCACCGGUUUCGGGAUCUUCAACAUUAGUAGCACCUUUGGAACGUGUAACACAGCUGUCACCGUCCGAGUUACUCAAUCGGCAGCUUCAAAUUUGGCUCUGAAUACGUCCAAGGAAAAUCUAGGAGCUGCAAUGGAUUCUGGGUAUAAGCUGAUGUGGGAUGCAAGUAAUAACUUGUGUGAACAAUGUCAAGGCUCUGCGGGUCAGUGCGGAUAUAACACAUCUUCACGUGAAUUCAUCUGCUACUGCAAGGAUGGACCUAAUCCUUCCAACUGUGGAGGUUCAAGUUCAAGUUCAAUACCAUUGGGUUGGGUCAUAGGUGCUUUUGUGACCGUCGUACUCAUUGCUGGCUGCAUAUGCAUAUUAAGGAAUAGAGAUAUAUCGAGGAAAAGAAUAUUGGUCUUCUUCAAGAAAGAUGAAAGGGAUGAAUUUGAUAUCGACGCAUUUAUAAGAAAUCAUGGAUCCCUUAGUCCAAAGAGGUACCAUUAUUCAGAUUUGAAGAAAAUGACAAACUCUUUCAAAGAUCAGAUUGGUAAAGGUGGAUAUGGCACAGUAUACAAAGGAAAGCUAACCAAUGGCCUUGUGGUGGCAGUGAAAGUCCUAAGUGAAUCGAAGGGUAAUGGAGAAGACUUUAUCAAUGAAGUUGCUAGCAUUGGUAGUACUUCUCAUGUUAAUAUAGUGACUCUUGUGGGAUUUUGCUAUGAAGGGGAGAAAAGAGCUCUCAUAUACGACUACAUGCCUAAUGGAUCGUUGGAUAAAUUCAUACAUUAUAAGCAAGGCUCUUCAGAUGAAAGCUGCCGCUUGGAAUGGAAAACACUAUCUGAUAUUGCAGUUGGCAUUGCUCGUGGACUAGAAUACUUGCACCGUGGUUGUAACACAAGAAUUUUACAUUUUGACAUAAAGCCACAAAACAUUCUUCUGGAUAAAGAUUUUUGCCCAAAGAUAUCUGAUUUCGGCCUUGCCAAACUAUGCAUGAUGAAGGAAAGUAUUGUAUCGAUGCUAGGGACAAGAGGAACUGCAGGAUACAUUGCACCAGAAGUGUUUAGUCGCAACUUUGGAGGAGUGUCUCAUAAGUCUGAUGUUUAUAGCUAUGGGAUGCUAGUUCUUGAAAUGGUCGGUGCAAGAAAGAAUUUGGAUUCAGAAGUGUCUCAUACCAGUGAAAUGUUUCCACAUUACAUAUAUAAAGAUAUAGAGCUAGAGAAGAAUGAGAUUAUAUUUGGGGAAAUAACAGAGGAAGCAGAGAGCAAAAUAGCAAGAAAGAUGGUAUUGAUAAGUCUUGGGUGCAUUCAGACCCUUCCAUCUGAUCGACCAUCAAUGAGCAAAGUGGUAGAGAUGUUGGAAGGACCCCUUCAUUACGUGCCAAUUCCACCAAAGCCUCUCUUAUUUUCUGAAGAAGAAUCUGCACCCAUGUCCCAACCAUCUGAAACAGGCUAAUAAGCCAAUUACUUGUAUGGGAUGUUAUCUAUAACUAGGAACUUCAAGCUGAACUUGUGUUGCAAGGGAACAGUUUGUUAUUACAAGUGACCUGUUAAACCACUAUGCACUUUUUGUUUGAUUU